UUUUCCCCAUGUUUACGGGUUAUAUUUUGGUAAUUCUGUUCAGAUUAUCAGGUCCCUCUUGACAGAGAUGGGCCAUUGUACAUGGUGAUUCGCUGGCGCCUCAGAUUCUUGUUUCUUCAUACCAAGAGACUCGACUUUGAAUUUGGUAUGAAACUGAUUGAGUCACAACUUCUUUGCUUCUAGUUUGAAAGAGCCCAGGCUGUGGAAUCAGAAAAGUUUUGGUGAAAUUUGACCAUUAUUUAUACGGAGCAGUGAGAAAGAAAUAUAUCACAGUGCAUUGGUGAAUCAUGGAGUGCAAUAAAGAUGAGGCAUUAAGGGCAAAAGAUAUUGCUGAGAGAAAGUUUAUGGAAAAAGACUUCAGUGGUGCCAAAAAAUUUGCUUUGAAGGCUCAAAACUUGUAUUCUGGUCUUGAGGGUUUAUCCCACAUGUUGACCAUACUUGAUGUGCAUAUAUCUGCAGAGAAGAGAAUAUGUGGGGAAGUUGAUUGGUACGCCAUACUUGGAGUGACUCCCUGGGCCGAUGAUGAGACAAUCAGGAAGCAAUACCGAAAACUAGCUCUCCUGCUUCACCCUGAUAAGAACAAGUCUGUAGGUGCGGAUGGGGCAUUUAAAUUAGUUUCAGAGGCGUGGAGUCUGUUAUCAGAUGGGACUAAGAGAGCGGCAUACAACCUGAAGCUUACUCCAAAAGUAUUUCAAACUACUGUUCCUACCCAGAGUGGGGUUCCAUCAGCACCACCGAGAGCAAAUGGUUUCCAUAAGUUUACCAAGGGGACUUCACGAAGAAAGACUCAUAACAACAACAUCCAGGCAGGUCCCACCACAGCCCCGGCUCCUCGUAAAAGAACUGAUACUUUUUGGACCAUGUGUAACCGGUGCAGGACACAGUAUGAGUAUCUCAGGGUUUAUUUAAAUCACACUCUUUUAUGCCCUAGCUGUAAUAAAGCAUUUUUUGCUACAGAGAAGGAUCCGCCUCCAAAUGUUAACAAGUCAGCAAAUUGGUCUCCCCACCAGCAGCAUCAGAAUUCACGCCACCAUCCAACGAACAGUAACCAAUUUAAUGUAGGAAGAAACUCUGAUGCUGCUCAAAAUUUGGGACCUGGGGAGUGGGGUCUUUUCUCCCGAAUCGCAGGUGUUGGUGGUGCUAGUGCUUCCCCUUCGACUACUGCUCAAGCUGCGAGUGUAGUUCAACAGGCGCAUGAGAAACUGAAGCAUGACGGGGCAUGGGCAGCUGCAGAAUCAGAGAGUUGUCAUGUCUUGAAGAGGAUGGCUGAUUCUGUUGUUAGUACAGAGGGACCCUCGAAAAAUAGGAGAGGAGAUAAUUAUGGUGGUGACAUGAGGAAUCAAACUGUAAUGGGAUUUGGCAUGGGACCUGCAGUUGAAUCUAGGAUGGGUAGUUUUGGAGCACAAAGCGCUCAAUCUUUUUUUGGGAUUGGUAAUAAGCACAAUAGUGAGAGGGAGUUAUCGUUAGUUGAUCAACGAAAGAUCCUGGUGGGGAAGGCCCUGAAUGCUAUUCAUCGAAAAGUUGGAGGAUGGAAUUUAGAAACUGAAAUCAAGGCCGUUGAGAAGGCAAAAGAGAAAAACACUAAGAAACAGAAAGGUGUAUUAAAUGGUGAUGUCCAUGAUGUCAGUCAGUCUAGGGUCGCCAAUUAUGGAUACCAGAAGUCUUUACAUGGCUUUUCUGCUCAAGAUUCCGAAGAAGAGGCACAUAUCUCAAUAGUUGUACCAGAUCCUGAUUUUCACAAUUUUGAUUCGGAUAGAACUGAAAGUUCAUUUGGUGAGGAUCAGAUCUGGGCUGCGUAUGAUGACAAUGAUGGGAUGCCUCGUUACUAUGUUAGAAUUCGCAAGGUUAUCUCCUUGAAGCCAUUUAGGAUGCAGAUCAGUUUCCUAAAUUCCAAAAGCAACAGUGAAUUUGGCCCACUAGAGUGGGUAGUUUCUGGUUUCCCCAAAACAUGUGGGGUUUUCAGGAUGGGCAAAAUUGAAAUUAGUGAAACGCUGAACUCUUUCUCGCACAAGGUAUCGUGGAAAAAGGGCACACGCGGAACCAUUGACAUCUACCCCACGAAGGGGGAUAUUUGGGCUUUGUAUAGAAACUGGUCUCCCGACUGGAAUGAGCAUACUCCUGAUGAAGUGGUACAUAAGUAUGAUAUGGUGGAAGUUCUCGAUGAGUAUGACGAGGAAGAAGGCGUUUCUGUGGCUCCUCUUGUUAAGGUCCCUGAUUUCAAGACAGUUUUCCAGAAGCAUAUGGACCCCAAGGAAGUUAGGCGGAUUCCAAAACAGGAGAUGUUUCGCUUCUCUCAUCAGGUACCCAGUUACUUGCUUACAGGUAAAGAAGCUAAUAAUGCACCAAAGGGUUAUUGGGAGUUAGACCCAGCAGCUACCCCUUUGGAACUUCUUCAGGUAAUUACGGACACCAGUGAGGCACCACUUGGGGAGACUGAGAAAGUGGUGAGUGACAAUGGGACUGCCUGAAGACGGAGCUGAACAGGUGAGUUGUUGUUGCAAGUCCGCCGAACCUUGUAGUAGUUGUUUCCUGGGUCCCCGGGAGGAUCCAUGAGUGAUCCAAGUUGCUUUUCUUUAGUAUUUAGCUUCCUCAGACAGUAAAAACUUCAUCAGGGGUAAGAUAUAUAGCGGGAGGAAAACAAAUAACAAAAAAAAAACCAUAGAAAACCUCAUGCAUGAAAAUGCAUAGCCUUACAAAGUGCCUGUUUUCUGUUCCUUUUUUUUUUUUGGAUUAGUUGUUUUUAUUGUUAAACAUAUUAUUAGCGCGAGAGAAACUCGAACUUUACACCUGUUCAAACCGAAGGUGUAUGUUUAUUGUUGAAAGUGUUAUCUUUAAUUACAGUCUGCAACAUUUGCAGUCGCAA